CUUGACUCUUGGAGCGGCUGCGAAGCAAGCUGGUACCUGCUUCUGCACCUGUUUCCCUCACACCUGCCCCGCAGCUGCUCCUACCCGCUUCUCCAGGCUGAGUCUGGCCAGCACCCUGGAGACACCCUCGGCUCCUCCAAUCUCACCUGCCUGGGCAGCUCCUCCAGUCAGCUCCUCUAGGGAAAGUCUCACCUCCAGCCCAGAGCAGUCCGGAUUACAGAAAACCCUGCCUGGGCCUCGGGACCGCCAUGACUGAAGUCGGUUGGUGGAAGCUCACUUUCCUCCGGAAGAAGAAGUCCACCCCCAAAGUGCUCUAUGAAAUCCCUGACUCCUACGCCCAAACGGAGGGAGGUGCGGAGCCCCCGAGCCCUGACGCCGGAAGUCCUCACAGCGACUUUAACACCCGCCUGGAGAAGAUUGUGGACAAGAACACCAAAGGCAAGCACGUCAAAGUCUCCAACUCAGGCCGCUUUAAGGAAAAGAAAAAAGUCCGGGCCAUGUUGGCAGAGAACCCCAACCUCUUUGACGACAGGGAGGACAAAGGACAAUGAAGACAGCCGAGGAGGACACUAGCGCCUCCCUGCCCCCUGCCACUGGUGGGGUCUGAGGCAGGAGCUUGCCACGCUGGCCUCUUUGGUCAUAGCUGAUGUCAUGGUGGCAGGUGAUGCCUGCUGGCAGGAGCACCUGGUUCUUAGGUUUGUAUUUAUGUGCCCCAGAUUUACGAAGGGUCUGGGAGAUCCCAGGGCCCUCCUCCCCGUGAUCACUAACAAAGGCACUCCGGUCUAGGAUGAAAAAUGGCCCGCCUACAAGUACAGCUGUCCUUGGCAAAGCAGCUUGGCUCACAGGGAGGCGGCACGGCAGAGAGUAGACAGGGAACCUGGCAGACUCCACCCCCUCCCUGGGCACAGGGUCAAGGGUGAGUUUGGAUCGCCGCUCCCUCUACUUUCUUUACCUGUGACUUGUUCCCCCGGACCAAUCCUAGAAGAGCAGUUUCCAGAAGUCACGUGAUAAGCGGUUUCCUUGGUGCCAGAGGCGGAGCUGUUGAACUUGAGAUCACCUCUGAAUGAAUUCAAGGAGUAAACCUCCUGGAACUUCGCUCC